AUGGCUCUCUCUUUUCCGCCUCGUGAGCUCUACUACGACGGCCAGGCUCGCGCCGCCUCGUCGGGAAAAAUCUUCCAAACAAUCAAUCCCGCCACCGCAACUCCGUUGGCCGAUAUCCAGGUGGCCUCCAACGCCGAUAUCGAUGCCGCAGUUGCUUCCGGCGAGCGCGCAUUCCCUGGCUGGUCCCAGACUCCUCCCAUUGUGCGUGCGCGCAUUCUACACAAGGCCGCUCUUCUCCUGCGUGAGCGUAAUGACGAGAUUGCCCGUGUCGAGACUUUGGAUUCCGGCAAGGCUUUCACCGAGACCAGCACCGUCGAUGUGGUGACUGGCGCUGACGUACUGGAAUAUUAUGCCAACUUCAUCGGUGGCGGUGGUCUGAAUGGCGAGACUACACAGUUGCGCGAGGAUGCUUGGGUGUAUACCAAGAAAGCCGCUCUGGGUGUCUGCGCCGGGAUUGGUGCUUGGAACUACCCCAUCCAGAUUGCUCUCUGGAAAUCCGCAGCCUGUCUUGCUGCAGGUAAUACUAUGGUCUACAAGGCGAGUGAAUUUACUCCUCUCCACGCCCAAACUCUCGCCGAGAUCUACACCGAGGCUGGUCUCCCCGCAGGUGUCUUCAACGUGGUCAAUGGCGCUGGUGAUGUGGGCGCCUACUUGACAAACCACCCCUCCAUCGCCAAAGUAUCCUUCACUGGUCAGGUCUCAACUGGUAAGAAGGUGGCAGGCUCCGCGGCCGGCAACAUGAAGUACGUGACCAUGGAGCUGGGUGGCAAGAGCCCCCUCAUCGUCUGCCCCGACGCAGACCUGGAGAACGCGGUCGAUGGUGCCAUGAUGGCCAACUUCUACAGCACCGGUCAGGUCUGCACCAACGGUACUCGUGUCUUCGUUCCGCGUGCUAUGAAGGCUGCCUUUGAGAAGCGCUUGCUCGAGAAGAUCCCUUACGUGCGGGCUGGUCCCCUCUUCGAUGAGCAGACCAACUUUGGUCCCUUGAGCUCCAAGUCUCACUACGAAAAGGUCAUCUCUUACAUCCGCUACGGUAUCGAGUGGGACCGAGCCACCCUACUCUGCGGUGGCCCUGAUAAGCCUCACGUGCCCCAGGACCUGCAGGCCGGCUACUGGGUGAAACCCACUGUCUUCACUGACUGCACUGACUCCAUGCGCAUUGUGCAGGAGGAGAUCUUUGGUCCCGUCAUGUCCAUCUUGUAUUACGAUACUGUCGAGGAGGCCGUCGUACGUGCCAAUACCACCGAUCUCGGCCUCGCUGCUGGUGUCUUCACCAAGGAUCUGAACCAGGCUCACCGUGUGAUUGAUCAGCUUCAGGCUGGUAUCACAUGGAUCAACACUUGGGGUGAAAGCCCCGCGGAGAUGGCCGUCGGUGGCUGGAAAAACAGUGGUCUGGGUGUGGAGAACGGCCGCCGUGGUAUUGAGGCCUGGGUGCAGAACAAGAGCACUGUAGUCGAGAUGAGUGGUAUUGUGGCCAGUGUCUUCGCCAAGUUGUAA